AGAAAGCAAAAUACAGAUGAAAGAGGUCCUAAAACAUAGGCUAGUCUCAUUCGAUACAGCAAAGACAAAAAUGGCGUUAGUUGGAGUGAAGCAACUGAGUCUAUCUUUUCCUAUUUUUGGGUGUUCCUCCAAUCCCAGAAUGCCCGCCAUUUCUCCAAAUAAUCUCCCUUCUUCAUCUUCCACCUAUUCCCCUUUUCAAUUCCAGAAUAUUCAAGUCCUAAAAACCAGAAACCCAAAAUGGUUUACUUCAAGAAUCCAUUGUUCUGCAAAUUCUGGCCCAAUUACUCAGAAAAAUGCAAUUGUGAAGGAGAGAAGCGUUUCUGUCAUCCUUCUUGCUGGUGGCAAAGGCAAGAGAAUGGGCUCAGACAUGCCGAAGCAGUACCUCCCACUCCUGGGCCAGCCUAUUGCAUUGUAUAGCUUGUAUACUUUUUCACAAAUGGUUGAAGUGAAAGAAAUUGUUGUAGUUUGUGAUUCAUCUUACAAAGACAUUUUUGAAGACACCAAGGACAAGAUACAUGUAGAUCUCAGAUUUACUGAACCUGGGAAGGAAAGACAAGACUCUGUUUACAGUGGACUUCAGGCCAUUGAUUCUGAUGCUGAACUUGUAUGCAUCCAUGAUUCUGCUAGGCCUUUGGUGUAUUCUCAAGAUGUAGAGAAGGUUCUUAAAGAUGGCUGGCUGCAUGGAGCAGCUGUACUAGGUGUGCCUGUCAAAGCUACAAUCAAGGAGGCAAGUAACAAGAGCUUUGUUGUGAAAACUCUGGAUAGGAAAGCUCUUUGGGAAAUGCAAACUCCUCAGGUUAUCAAGCCUGCAUUACUAAAGGAAGGCUUUGAUCUUGUGAAUAGAAAAGGACUUGAGGUUACUGAUGACGUAUCUAUUGUGGAACAUCUUGGUCAUCCAGUGUUUAUCACGGAAGGUUCUUAUACCAACAUCAAGAUAACAACCCCUAAUGAUCUACUACUUGCAGAGAGAAUACUGAAUCCAAGACCAAGCUCUUAAAUAUUAUUUAAUUGUCUUAAUUAAUAUUCAUCUUGAGCCUUCUUUAAUCUCAUGUCUUGGGGUCCUUUUCAAGUGUAUCCUUGUCUUCCAAUGCCAAAACGAUAAAGGCUUUUGAUAUGGUGGUGAUUGUUGAUUUGUUUACAUGCAAAUUAAUAUGAGUACGCAAUGGCCUAAUUUUUUUUUAUAUAUAUAUUUAUUAUUUUUACAA